AUGAAGUUUGUGAACUCAUGGGCAGCAUUUCUCAUACUCGUUCUUCUACAACAAUCCAUGAAGGAGAUUGGAGCAGAUUUAAUAUCAAACACUUGUGGAAAAACACACGACUCUGGUCUGUGCCAAAAGUCCCUUAGAUCGAACCCUCGUGGGGCUCGUGCAAGAGAUGCCAAAGAGCUAACACAUGUCAUGUAUGGUAUUGUGUUGUCUAGUGCCACAACCACUCUUGCCCAAGUGAAGAAAUUGCUCACAAGGGCCAAAGGUGAUGCCCUUCCCAUGUGCUCCAGUAUUUAUGGCAGAAUUGUCAAUGAAAAGGUCCCUAAUGCCUACAGAAAUUUUGAUUCCAAGUCUUAUGUUACUGCUGCAUCUGUUAUGACUGAUGUCAUGAACCAAGCAGAAGCGUGUGAAAUGGUGUUCAGAAGUGUACCUGAUCAUAGUAAAUCACCAAUAACCGACAAGAACAAUAUGGUUAUGGCCCUAAGUGAGAUAGCCUCGCAACUCACAACCCACUUGGCUUAA